CUCAAACAGUGGAAUCCUAUAUUAGGACAAGAGAGGCUGCUUUCGAAGUGUAAAUAUAGGAAGCGGUGAAGUGUAUAGGACACUAUAAAAGUAUAUAGGAGGCUAUAAGUGUACAGGAGUGAGUACAUUUCGUAUACGAGAGACUAUGAAUGUAAAUAGGAGACUAUGAGUGUACAGGAGAGGUUAUAGAUUAGUAUAGGCGAGACUAUGAAAGUGCAUAGUGGGCUAUAUGGACAUGAUGACUGCAGAACUGUGAAAGCUAUUCAGUCAAUAGAAUCGAGUGUAUCUACAACGAUAUAAACACGUCUAAAAUUUAUCAUACUUGUACAGUAUAUUUUACGAAACAUUGUGAGGAUGAAUUUAACAAGAUGCCUCACUCGUGUUCUCCUCCAUGCGAUAUUUGUAGCUGUAGUGGUCGAGGCAGUAAGUGUGGGCCCAUACGGUCCACGAGAUUUAGAUGUUCCAUUUAAACACGCUGCUACUUUACAGGUAUCGAGCACACUUAACAAAAUAAUAGGUUUAACAACUAGUGAACAACAAGAUCACACAUAUACCAAUAAUUUAAUAGGGGAUACCCAGCCGAUAGAAGGAGCUCGGCAGUAUCAAGGACCCACAGACAAUGAAUUAAAUAGAUUGUCAGGCGAUGAGCACAAAAUGGAUGCUGUUGGAUGUCCGACAACGAUUCAUACAGCAGAACAAUAUAAGACUGCGUAUCUGCUUGGCUGUGAACGAUCCCAAGCACUUUCCGAGGGGCUUUCUGACAUAGG